GCGGCCGGCAUGGCGCUCUUCCACGUCGCGCGGUACGCGGGCCCCGAGGCGGCCGGGGCGGAGGCCGGGGCGGACGGCCGGGCGCGCGCGCUGCUGGAGCGGCUGCAGUGCCGGGCCCGGGAGCGGCAGCGGCAGCAGGAGCCCGCGGAGGCCGCGCAGCCCGCGGGGGCGGCGGGGAAGCGGCGGCGGCGACCGCGCAGACCGCGGAGGCGCGAGGGCGGCGGGGCGCCGGGGAGCAAGCGGCGGAGAGCGGACGGCGCGGCCGCGAGCGCAGGUGGGCCCGGCGGGGCGGGCGCGGCGCGGCCCUGGAGCCGGGUCCGCGUGGGGCUGACGCGCCGCCCGCCCCGCUUCUGCCGCGCAGGGAGCGGCGAGGAGGCGCCGGGGGACAGCGGCGAGGGCGCCGAGGCCGCGGGGCCGCCGGAGGACCAGGACGGACGGCCCCCCGCGGAGGCCUCUGGGCCCCCGGCCCACGCCCUGCUGCUCGGGGGCUUCGAGAGGAGCAGGGCGCCCAAGGUCCAGCCUUUCCUGCCAGCGUGGCUGGCUGAGCCAAGUUGUGUUGGAAAGAACGUCACCAAAGACCUGGUGCCUAUCGAGGAUAUUCCUGAGGUCCACCCUGACCUGCAGAAGAAGUUGCGGGCACAUGGCAUCUCAUCCUACUUUCCAGUCCAGGCGGCAGUGAUCCCUGCUCUCCUGGAGAGCGCGGCCAAUGGGUUUCUGGUGGGCAGAGCUGGCUACCGACCCAGCGAUCUUUGUGUUUCUGCCCCGACGGGCAGUGGGAAGACCCUGGCCUUCGUCAUCCCCGUGGUGCAGGCCCUGCUGCAUCGAGCCGUGUGCCAGGUCCGAGCCCUGGUUGUGUUGCCCACCAAGGAGCUGGCCCAGCAGGUCAGCAAGGUGUUCAACAUCUACACAGAUGCCACUUCUCUGCGGGUCGCCCUGGUCACCGGGCAGAAGUCACUAGCCAAGGAGCAGGAAAGCCUUGUCCAGAAGACAGUGGACGGCUUCCGCUGCAUGGCUGACAUCGUGGUGGCCACCCCUGGCCGCUUGGUGGACCACAUCGACCAGACCCCAGGAUUCAGCCUCCAGCACCUCCGCUUCCUGGUCAUCGAUGAAGCUGACAGGAUGAUAGACAGCAUGCACCAGUCCUGGCUGCCACGGGUGGUGGCAGCAGCCUUCCCGAGCGAGGGCGCCAAGGACCCCUUUGCUCUGGUCCAGAGAAGGCAGCCCCAGACCGUGACUGCUGCCAGUACCUGCUGGCCCCAGAUGCCGCUACAGAAGCUCCUUUUCUCGGCCACUCUGACCCAGAACCCAGAGAAGCUGCAGCGGCUCGGCCUCCACCAACCCCGGCUCUUCUCCACGGGGCUGGCACAGGGGGGUUCCAGAGAUGCUGACACGGAGGUGGACGGGGACUCGGGUGGGAAGUAUACCUUCCCUGCAGGGCUCACGCACCACUACGUGCCCUGCAGCCUCCGCUCCAAGCCAAUGGCCGUCCUGCACCUCCUCCUGGAGACGAGCUUCUCAAGAGUCCUCUGCUUCACCAACUCCCGAGAGAACUCCCACAGGCUCUUCCUGCUAGUCCAGGCUUUCGGUGGGGUGACCGUGGCUGAGUUCUCUUCCCGCUAUGGGCCUGGCCAGAGGAAGACGAUCUUGAAGCAGUUCGAGCAGGGGAAGAUACAGCUCCUCAUCAGCACAGACGCCACGGCCCGUGGCAUCGAUGUGCAGGGCGUGCAGCUGGUGGUCAACUAUGACGCCCCCCAAUACCUGCGGACCUACGUGCACCGGGUUGGGAGAACAGCGCGUGCCGGAAAAACUGGACAGGCCUUCACGCUGCUCCUCAAAGUGCAGGAGAGGAGAUUCCUCCGGAUGCUGGCUGAAGGCGGGGUGCCUGAACUGGAGCGGCACGACAUCCCUGGAGAGCUCCUGCAGCCACUGGUCCCUCAGUACGAGGAGGCCUUGUCCCAGCUGGAGAGGGCCAUCAAGGAAGAGCGAAAGCAGAAGGCGGCCUAGCCAGGGGCCGAGGACAGAUGAGACCAAGCCUGGGGCAGCGCAGGCCCUUUCCACCCUGGCAGGUGUCUGUUUUCUGUUGGAGUCGGCUACCUUUUUUCUAGAAAAAUCCUGAGCGCUGGAUGCUAACUUGUGAGGAAAAGACGGAUUCCUCGAGUUUUCCUGGGGACAGACCCUGGAAAGGGCAUUUGUCCCCAAGCAUGCUGCCCGCUUCUGCCAGGCCCCUGGACACGAGGCCCUUUCAGUCACCACACCAGGCCUGGCCUUGGGGACACUUGGACCCAGGCCUGAGACUGUCAAGGAUGCACAAGAUCAGCCUCUGAGCAGGGUGGUCUUUCUGAAAACAGGACUGUAGUAAACCGCCCAGAAUUCACGGGAUGGCAUCUGUUGUGUUUUUGGCUGAGUGUCGGGGGUUAGGCUUGAGCUAACUUUGGAAAUUUAGCUCUUCUAACAUGAUGCUGAGCGUGUUUACCGUCCUGCGUUGGAAAGGUCCCCCUGGGUCCCUUCGGGGGGGGGGGUGCAGUGGCUGUGCCGGGCCUGGGGGCUGCUGAGCAACAUCUGUGAACCCUUCCUGGCCGCUUCACAGCAGACCCGGGAAGGAGAGUGUGACCUGGGAGGUGUCUCCAUCGGCACAGGUGUCACCAGAGGCAGAGGACACAGCCGUGUGGUCAGCAACGCUUUACUUUACAAUUAGUCACCAACCGGGUAUAAAAAUAAACUAGGCACAAGAUAGUCUUUGUCACGAACGUAACAGAAAACAAGCUUCAGAGCAGACUGCUGUUUACAAGAAGGCUUUGUUUUCAAAAUUUAUAUGCUAACGUUACAACAAACUCUAAAAAAAUAGGGAUGAACUGUGGUUCUUUAUUUUUGUCUGAAAGUAUGUUAUUCACUUCAGCAAAAUCAUCUGAAACAAACCCUUGCAUUCUGUGAUUGCUGCCGCCCGAGUAGACGCUUGGAGCAAGUACCCGUCUCAAGGGCGAGGGACAUGUUCACAGACAGCACAGACACCUGAGGGCUGGGAACCAAUAGGCUCGGUGCAAAAUGAGCACCUGGCACGUGCCAGAAACGUGAGGCCCAGGACCUGAAGGGGCGCGAGAGGGACGGUGCAGGGACGGGACGGACCGCGCCUUCUGACGAGAGGCAUCUCUCCAUCACACGGCCUCCAGGCUGGGCCUGGCAUCCAGCUGUGGGACCUUCCUACCUGUGAAACGGAGCAGCGACAGUCAGGCAGCAGCGCCCUUGCCCUGGUCCAGCCCGGGGUGUCCUGCUCUCACAUCUGGACAACUUGCGCUUCUACAGGACUCGCCGUGCUCGCUGUUGGGCCACCGCCCGCUCCCUCAGCUGGGUUUGCUGGGGGCCUUGAACCUGACGGGGGGCCCCUGUCUGGACUUUGGGCUGCUGACGGGGGGUCUUGCUGGCGGCCGGAGCCUGCUCUGGGCUCAGCGUCUGUGGGGAGGCGGUGGUCACGACCUGCAGUUGCACUGCUCUCUGCUGGGCCGCCACUGUCACGGGAGGCACCUGAGCUUGCGUCAACUGUGGUCUGAGCCUAUACGUUGGAGGGAAUGUGACAGGUAUACGGUUCUGUAAAAGGAGGACUUCACAUUGCUGUCACCUUGGGGACAGAUUAGCCCCCCAAGGGGCUGAAACCUGUCUCAGUGAGUGGGGAGAGUGCAGUUGGUGCCAAAAUAGGAGCCCCUCUGAGGCCCUUGACAGUGAGCUCUGACAUGAGAAUCACCACCCCCACGCACCCUGCGCUCUGAACAGGACUUGUACCCACGCGGGGUUCGUAAUGUCAUGCAGGGAUCAGUUGGUAAAUACUGAUUCAGGGAGUUAGGUAGACCUUCCAUUCUGCAACGUUGUCACACAUCAAGGACCCUCUAAAAGCCACUGUCCCCUCAGGAGAGGGAGCAGCGGAAAGCAAACAGCAUCUUACAACAUUGUGGGGGCAGCUUUGAGCUUGCAGACCUCCGGGGACCCCCAGAUCGCACUUGGAGAACCACUGGUCUAAAGCAAAACACCAUGUGGCUAAGAAUCGUUUCCCUCUGGCCUCUAUGUUCUGUCAAAGGCCCACUGACAAGAAUCAAAACCGUGCAGGAAAUAAAA